CUCUGUUUCUAAUGCAGCUGCUUACUGAUUCAAUAAUUCAACUAUCCACAUUUACCAUGUUUCAACAGACAGAUUAAUGUUUUGACACAUAUAUCAUUGAUGGUUGGAUCUAUCAGAGAAUAUAAACAAUCCUAGCGUCAGUCAGAGGCCUUCAAAUUUGUUGUUAUCCAUUAAAUUGUCACUUACGAUUAUUAGAGUCACAGUUUCUUGCUUCUUUAUAUCAACUUGUCUACAGAACAAACAAAAUUGAUUCAAUACAUGGUCGUCAUAUUUAGAAUAUGGAGCUGCUAAAUGGUCUUCCGAAGACCAUUCGACGUGAAAAUAUUGAUCUGAAUAAUAAAACGGUAAAAGAUUUGUUAGAGGACGGAAAGAUCAAAAGUGCAAAGGAUUUAAGCAGGGAUAUAGUGGAAGAAAACUUGGAAUUAUUGCUUCAAAAAUGGUUAGAUGAGGGUGAUCAGCAGUGUGCAUUCUAUCUCGGCCAGAUUUACUUUGAACAGGUACUACAAAAUAUGUACUAUAUAAUUGUAGUUUUAGGAGAGAUAUGAUGAGGCUUGGAGUUAUUUUCAUACUGGCUAUUAUAAGUAUAAUGAUCAGAAUUCAAAAUUUCAGUUGGGUGUCAUGCUUUAUGACAAUCUGGUUAGUAGAGAUAUAACCAAGAUUCCUGACCCACAGGCUAAGGCUUGCGAGCUAUUCAGGGAAAUUAUGAUGCUAGAUGAUGAGUGUGGUGUAUAUUCUUACCAGAAAAGCCUAAUUUACAAUGCAGCUUAUAAUCUUGGAAGAGCUUACCACCAGGGUUAUGGAGUAUAUCCAUCUGUGGAAGAUGCUUUAAGAUGCUUUCUAUUUGCUGCAAACAAUGGUGACCCUAAUGCUUGUAUAUCAGCUCAAACAGCACUUGGUUACUUAUAUUCGGGACCAGAUAUUCGAGAUUUGGAGAAAGCUUUUCAAUGGCAUUCUGAUGCCUGUGGGAACGGUAGUGUAGAAUCUCAAGCUGCAUUGGGUGUAAUGUAUUUGUACGGGAUAGGUGUUAAAGAGAAUCGUGAAAAUGCUUUAUACUGUUUAUCUGAAGCUUCAGCUAGAGGCAGUUUAUAUGCUAGAGCCAAUUUAAUCUACUUUUAUUAUCAAAGAAAAAUGUUUACAAAUGCUUGUUAUUUAGCUAGCAGAAUGGUCUGUUCUGAUGACAUCCUUUCAUCAUCUGAAUGUAUACUUACAUUUCAAUAUCGGGCAAUGUCGAUGGCAUGUUUUCUUUAUGCAUUAUGUUUAAAAAGUGGUAAAGGUGUUGAAAAAAAUAUAUCACUAGCUUCUGAAUUAUUCCGCAAGAGUAUUGAAUGGGAUGCUUCAUUGGCUGCAAGAUAUUCGCGCUUAGUUACAACUGGUGAAUUAUAAAAAAGAAAUAUCUGAAUAAAGAAAAGUGAAGAGUCUUAUAUUAAAUUAUUUUUCUAAACAUAAUAUCUUUUGUGUUCAUUUGAAGUUUUUAUCUAUUAUUUUGAUUACAGAUCUUAUACGUCUUUAUUUUGUUUUAUUUUUCUCACU